UGUAGGAUUCACAUUACAUUCUCAAAGAGAGAGAGAAAGAGUGUGUGAAUUUAAAAUCAAGGACUACAGUGGGGAAUUUACUAAGUUGAGACAAAAUACUUGUGCCAAAUAUUUUACUUACUGGUGUUAACAGCCGUAAGGGCGUGACCAGGCUGCCUGGCAGCAGGCUGAGGGAAGCGGCUAGACGCUCAUAUAUACUGUAGUUGUUUCUGGUGGGGGAAGUGCCUAUAAUUCCCUGGCAGUCUAGGAAGGAACCGUUGCCUGUGAAAGGGACAAUAUUAUUUAAGAGACGAGAGGCUCGCCUGAAACAAAAUCAGCCCAACAUCAGUUCGUUCCUUUGAGUUUUAAAAUACAUUUGUGGCAGCUUCAAUAACCGUUCAUUGGAAGACCUGGACGCAUUUCUUGUACUCGUCCUUUUUGUAAAAGGCAGAAAACCUAACUCUUCUGGGGUUGCAACUCACUCAAAAUGCUUAUGUUUGACCGUUUGCCUGGCAAACAAGACCCAAUGGAACCAGUUUCAAUGCCAUUCCAGCAGGGGUACAGGGUCCGAAUAAAGAACGAUAUUAAACCUGAAAAUAAACACAGUGUUAUUUACUCACCGCUCCAUGGCUGCCACAGUGGACUCUUCCAAUCACUUGAGGCUAAUGGCAGCCAAACUGAACCAGUCGAUCUAUCGCUGAACAAAAGACACUCUCCACAUAUGUCGAGCUCCCCUUCCUCCCCCUAUUCAAUGACUAUGCUAACUUCUUCAUCUCCUACGAUGAGCAUAUCACGUUGCAGUUCGCCCAAUAAGAGAUCACCUCAGCCUCCUAUCAGCAUGCCAUUAACCAUCCCUACAGUUCUGACUGCUCCGUUGUUAUCCCGCUCGGGGAUCCCAGGCUCGGGCUUGUACUCGGUUAUUCACCCAGUGGUCGUACAACCUGUUGUGUACACGCAACCCAUAAUGGUGCCCACUAUGAUAAAGGAUGAGAUGAGAAAUAAUCAACAUGAUCCUCUCAUACAAUGUGCGAUUUCUGGUGCUCGACAUAUUUCCAGGCAACAGCACAUGCAACUUUGUACCCAUCCACGUGGAGGUCAGCUGCUUAAUUCUGGUGAACAAGAUCCCAUGAUGAUGAAAGCGAUAAAAUGUGAGCAAGAGUUUGAAUUAGAUGGCUGCAUCAAUGAGGUAUCUUCUUCAGCCCUCAGUCCUAUGCAGUCAAUUAGAUCACAUGAGAGCCAUAAACCUUCAGUAAUCAUGCACGCUGUAUCAAGACCGCACCCAGUUGAAUCUCCAGACACACAGAAGAAGCGUCGCAUACACAAGUGUGACUUUGAUGGAUGCAACAAAGUUUACACAAAGAGCUCACACCUCAAGGCACACAGGCGGACGCACACAGGUGAGAAGCCCUACAAAUGCACUUGGGAUGGUUGCACGUGGAAAUUUGCCCGCUCAGAUGAGUUAACUCGACACUAUCGCAAGCACACCGGCAUCAAGCCCUUCCAGUGUCCUGACUGUGAUCGCAGCUUUUCCCGUUCAGACCACCUCGCCCUGCACAGAAAGCGACACAUGCUGGUCUGAGUCUGUCAUCUUUCACUGUGUAAGCCAGACAGGAUGCAACUAAACUCAUCCCUUUACUUAACUAAGAUUCAGCUGGGCUGAAUCCUUCAACAAAUGAACUCUCUCAUGUAGUCAGUAUCUGAUGUACAAACAAUGCUCAUUUUUUCUUGUUGUAUGCAGGACUUAUGUUUUAACAAUAUGAAUGUCUUUAUGGUGAUGCAUAGCAUUCUCCACUGUGUGUAUGGACUGAGUAAUUUUUUUUUAAGUAUAAAAUUACAUACUUCUGCCAUCCGAUUUGUUUGUUAAAAUUGUCGGCAUUUCACUUGAUUAAAAAGCCUUUAUAGUCUUGCCAGUGUAGAAUGCUGCUGUAUGCCAUUUCCUUCAUCAAAACCACACCUCAUUCAAAAUGUGUACUUUUUUGCAAAUAGCUGAUUGAUGUUUUGUCAUUAUUCAGAGACAAAUUUGGAAAGCAAAUUACAUUUUUGGUGUGAGGUUGGAGGACUCCAGGAAAUUCCUGCGCAAACAACUGUGAAAGAAGGAAAGGCAUUAAUCUGGGUUUGGAGGAAUUUGCCAAUUUUGACCGACCUUUUUGACACAUUUCGGCAUUGCACUCACAUCCUUUUCCUCAAAUGCCAUUUGUCUAUUCUUUAGUGUUGGUAUUCUAUAGGUCCAUCUCUUCUGCAG